AUGUCUACGCGCUUUGGCUACUUGUACACGGCUGCAAGCGUAUUGUGUAGAUAUCUGGACAAUCAACUGCGAGUCAGACACUCAUACCUUUUUGGAAGACUUGAACCUAGGACACACACACACACACACAGAGAGAGAGAGACACACACAGCCUCAUCUAGCUCUCCAAGCAUCCCCCCAUCCCCCCUCCCAACCAUGCCACCACCAACCUUCAGCACCCUGCACGCCACCCUCCUGGCCUCCACAAACCUCACCCACCCCCCAGCCCAUCCCCACACCCCCUCGCUAACCGCCCAAAUCUCCGCCCUCGCCCUCCACCCAACCCUCGAAGCAGCGCUGCACAUCCUAAACCACGACCUUCCCAGCGCACACUUCCUAGUCCGGCACCUGCAGGCCGCGCCUGCGCUGGAGGGGAUGCUGCUGCAUUCGAUUCUGCACCGCAGCGAGGGGGACAUGCAGAAUGCGCGGCUGUGGUUGAGCGACGUCGGGGAUGCGUGUAGUGGAUUUGUGCCGAAGAAGCGGGGGGAGGGGGUUAGGUUGGAAGGAGAGGUUGCGGAGGGGUGCAAGGGGAAGGGGAGAGGGGAGGAGGUUUCGCUUGUGGUGUUUGUGUAUGGGCAGGGAGGGGUUGGGGAGGGGUUGAGGCUUGUGGAUGAUGUUGAGGGGUACAGGAAGAGGAGGGGUGGGGGUGCGGAGGGGGAAGCGCUGAAAGGGAGGAUCAGGGAGGAGAUGGGUAGGGUGCUCGAGUGGUGUGUGGAUAAGUUUGGGUCUGGGGAGUGGGCGGAUGCGAGCAGUGCGUGGGUCAAGAAUAGUGACGAGGUGCAGAAGAUCAGCAAUGACAUGGUCGGUGGGGACAAGGGGUAUCGAAAGUUCUGA